AUGUCUGGAGUAAACAAAGUCACAAUUGUUGCCUUUGCUAUGAUGCUUUGCAUCUUGCUUCAAACCAGCAUUUCAAAAGCAGAUACAUUUCUUGCUGGUGAUGCUAAUGGAUGGGGUUUCAAGUUGAAUGGUUGGCCUAAUGGCAAGAAUUUCAAGACUGGCGAUGUUAUCGAGUUUAAGUACCCAGGCGGAGCGCACAAUGUGGUGAAGGUGGAUCAAGCAGGGUUUGACUCGUGUAAUGGUGCUGGAGGACAAGUUUUUGCUUCCGGAGAUGAUAAAAUAACUCUCACACAAGGAACAUCAUAUUUCAUUUGUACUAUCGGACCACACUGUGCUAAUGGUGUCAAGGCAGCUGUUACAGCCAAUUAA